UAUAAUAAUGUUAUAUAAUUUAUGUAACACGUUUCAAGUGUUUUCACUGCGUAUUAAUUCGUGGUAUAAGCUGCUAAAUUGCUAAAAAUAUAAUUAUUACGAAAACUUCCCUGGGUGUACCGAUAUAACGAUCCUUAGUAAACCAUUGACAAUAAUAAUAUAUUGACUCCGUAUUUUGAGAAUCCGUCCGUUGUUUUAGUUAUCGACGAUUAACAAAUGGUGAUCGUUUUCAAGGAAAAUUAAAUAUUAUUUAUAUUUUAUUUGGAAACGAGGUGCGCCACGAAUGAGUAAUCGUAAACACCUCAACCGCACUCCUACAGUCCUACAUGUCACGUCAGCAAUAAACAAAUAAACAUGAAUAAACGUCAAAAAUUGUCCAUAUCGGACUUUUUCAAUAAAAAGAAAAACAAUAACCAAGCUGAAAAUAUGAAUUUUUCUAUUGAACCUUUUACUAUUGAUUCAGAACUGUAUAAUAUUAAAGAGAUUAGACGUUUAUAUGAUCUGUUUGAUGUAAUUAGUGUUCACAAAGUUCAAAAUCCUCUUUUAUGGGGUUUGUAUACCCUGAAAAAAAAUGAAAUGGAGUUUAAUGAUGAUACUUACGAAGUCAAUGAAUGGCUUUUAUAUCAUGUUACAGCAACAAAAAAUGUUCAGUCAAUCGCUGAAAAUAAUUUGGAUUGGCGUUAUACAAGUCGUUGUAGAUAUGGAAAAGGUGUAUGCUUUUCAUAUUGUCCAUUAUAUGCUAAUAGAUAUGCAUCAUGUGCUAUUGGAUCAACACAUGAAGUUGAAUAUGAUGAGAAUUUAAUGCAUAAACUUUUGACAAUGGGAUUUCCAAAAGAAGCAGUUAAAAAAGCUUUAUUUUUUACAUUUAAUCAAGGAAUAGACCAAGCAACUAAAUGGCUUUUGGAUCAUAUUACAGAUCAUAAUUAUGCUGAAACUUUUGUACCAUCUAGACGUAAUUUUAAUAAUGAAAUGUUGGUCGAGCGAGCAUUUAUUAUUUGUAGAGUUUUAGUACAAAAAAUUAAAGAUAUUAGUGUCAAUUAUGGUUUAAAUAUGAUACCCAAUUCAUUUGAUACAGCUCUAUCAAAAAAUGGUAUGGUAUAUGUCAAAUUUAAUGACUAUGAAUUUUAUCCUCAGUAUAUAGUGUAUUAUAGAGAGCAUAAUGUAUCUCAAUAUGUUGAUAAGAAUAGUUAUAAUUUCAAUAGUAAUCAAAAUUGUUAUUAUAAUCAGAACUAGAUAUUUAAUCAUAAUAUUGAUGACUAAGAUAAUUUCUUUUGAUGUAAUAUAAACGUAAAUAUUUAAAAA